AUGCAACAGGAUAGAUUCUUCUUAGAACUAAAUUAAAAGGGAGAAAUUGAAGGUAGUCACGAUAAGGCCAUCUAUGUGCGCCAACAUCAGAUAGUUAGAAUCUUCGUUCGCAAUCGCAAGCAAGGCUAUCAUCCACACGUGAUCAUGCAAAAAGGUUAUAAGCAUGUAUAUGAGAUGGAUAAUUUGACUUUGAAAUAAAUUUAGCAACAUCAUGAAGUAAAAGGAUUUACACUCGAUUCCUCAGGUGAUUGGAAGGUGGACGUUGAGUUUGCAUUGACAGGUGCAGCUUAUUUGAGAUUGUGUUGGUUUGUUGCUCAAGAUAAGCCUGUAGUCUUGGGAGUGGAGAAUCACAUAAUCGUUUAGCCAAAUCAUGUGGAUAAACUCUAGGAAAUCACCAUACAGACACUGCUACCCUACUGUUUGGGCAAGUUUGAGGAUUACGAAAAGUAAAUUCGUUCUCAAGUCGAUUUGGGUUACGAGGCAUUCCAUUUCCCGCCUAUUUAACAGUUGGGACAAUCACCCAGUUUAUAUGCAAUUGCUGAUCAGCAAAAGUUGAAUACUGACAUUUUUGGGAAUCACACAUAUGAUGAUUUAAAAUAACUCUUUGCUAAAUUUCCAAACACUUACUUUUUUAUAGAUAUCCUCUUAAAUCACACAGCAUUUGAUUCCAGUUGGUUAGUUCAACCAGAAUUUGAAAAUGCUACAUACAAUGUUAAGAAUUCACCCCAUUUGGAGGCAGCCAUUCUAAUGGAUUGUGCAAUUGCAGAAUUUAGUAAUAAAUUAGGAUCAGGUCUGUUGACUCAAUAUCCAAGAAAUACAAUUUACAAUGAAAAUGAUCUAAAUCAAGUUAUGGACAUUUUGGAACACGAGUACAUAAGGAAAUUGAAUAUUCAUGGAUACUUCCAAUUCAAUAUAAAUGCAGUUUUAAAUGAAAUACAGACUAGAUGCAAUAAAAUAGUGAAAAACAAGAGUGAUCAACUGGAGGAGAAUCAAAACAUCUUCAUUAAAAGUGCAAGUGAAGUCAUGUUGCAAUUGAUUGGAAAGGAGACAAUCUUAAAAGGCUAUAAGGAAUAUGGAGUAUCAUUAAAUUACGAUGCGAUAGUUGAAUUUCUGAAGUAUAUUUUACAAUGAUAAUGAUAGCAAAGAUGAGAAUUACAAGAAGGUGUCUUUGGAAUACAUCCAAGAAUUGUUGCAAUUUUAUAAUCACCAAUUUUUGAAUGAAGCUGAAUCCUACAUCCGAGAAGCAAUGAAUUCUACGAGAGGCUAGGUCACUUGGUGGAAGUUGACAUUGAAGAAUCCCUUUGUGGAAGUAAACGAAAAAGGAGAUUCUCUGGUUCCAAGAUAUUUCACUAAGUUAAGUAAUGGAAAAUAUGUGGCCAAUAACGGAUGGAUUUAAGGCUUUGAUCCUUUGAACAAUUUCGCAGAGAAUCAGGAACACCAUUAUUUGAGAAGGACAAUUGUGAUUUGGGGAGACUUGGUGAAACUUAGGUAUGGACACAAGAAAUAGGACAGUCCUGCAUUGUGGAAAUACAUGAAGAAAUAUGUUCAAUAGAUGGCCAGGAUAUUUGCAGGGUUGAGAUUGGAUAAUGCCCAUUCAACACCCAUGAUCGUAGGGUAAUUCAUUUAAUUGAUCUUAACUUAGAGAAUAUAUGAUGAGGAAGGCAAGGAAAGCCAAUCCAAACAUCCUAGUCUUUGCUGAGUUAUUUACUGGAUCUCCAGAGAAAGACUCGAUUUUUACAAAAACAAUGGGAAUCAAUUGUUUGGUUAGAGAAACCAACAGAUGUCAUGAUGCUGGACAUUUGAAUAGGGAAUUACAUUAUUACAGUGGAGAUGGCAGAAUGUCCAUUGGAUCUUUACCUAAAUUACAGGAGUAAUUUGAAUCAAUCAAUGAAACUUUUACUAUACUCCAACCCUAAUAUAGUCCUGCCUUGAUUUAUGAGUAAUCACAUGAUAAUGAGUCAUUGAUCUCCACUCAUGGUUAUAGACAUCAAUUACCAAUUGCUGCCCUCAUUACAUUUAGCAGUUGUAUGGGUGGAACAGUCAGGGGAUAUGAUUGUUUCUUGCCAAAUAGAUUAUCAGUUGUAGAUGAAAGAAGAGUAUACAAUAUAGUUCCUCCAAUUGAGAAUAUGGUCGUAGAAAGACAGUCAAUUAUAGCAUUCAGGUAUGAUGCAUCACCCAAUUAAUUUGUUGAAGUUUUUGGGUCCUGGGAUAAUUGGCAAAGAGGUUUAGUUUUAAAUGGCCAUCAUAACAUUUAUACAUCGACCCUAAAGUUGAAUGAAGGAUCUUAUGAAUAUAAAUAUAAGGUUAACUCCAAUUGGGUCGAUCAACUUAAUAGGAAAUUAAUAGUAGAACCUAAUCCUACUAAGUUACUGACAACAAUGGAAUUAGUUAGACUCAAAUUACAUUAGAUUAAAAAGGAACUUAAUCAACAAUUCCCUUUCAUCUUUUGUUAAAAUUAAAGUGAUACUAUUUAGAUUAUCACCAGAGAAACAUAGGACAAGUGCAGAUCCAAGGUCUUGAUUACUGUCCCUUCAUUUGGAAUUCCCAAUUCAUUUAGUUCAAUCAAAUUACCAGGAUAAAUUGUCAAAGUAGAUGCAAUAUUCUAUCAUGAAGAUUUCAUUUAAUAUCCUGAAUAGAAUAAUCAAAUCAUAGAGGCAUCCUAAGUCAGAAUCAUCUAACAUCAGAAUAUUAGGGAAUUUGCUGAAAUCCAAGACAACGAAUUAAGAUUCAUCAAUUUGCCCUCCUCAUUCACUGCAGUAAUCGAAUGCCACAUUGAUUUAGAAUAACAGAAGAAUUUGCAAUCCCUAGAAACCAUUUUAAAUGAUGCCUCCUAAUUAUAACAUUUCAAAGCCUUGAGUUCAUCCUAACUAAAUUACUUACUUUUUAUGUCUGAACCUGAAGAGAGAGACAAAAAUAAUACUGGAUUGUAUUUCAUUCCCAACUAUAGACAACUUAUUUAUGCUGGCUUUUCUGGUCCUCGCUCUGCCACCAGAGAAGCAUAAACUGUUAAUAAUUUGGCUCAUCCCAUCUGUGAAAAUUUGAGAAGUGGAAAUUGGUUAUUAGACUAUUUAAAUGAAAGAGUGCAACGCUAACUUGGAUAAUUGGAAAUAUCUAAAUUAAUCAAUACUAUCACACAAUAAAUCAAGAACAUACCUCGUUUUCAUAUUCCAUCCUAUUUCUGUAAGUUUGUUGAUUACAUCUACAACAAUUGUAUGUUGUCCAUAACUAAUCUCUAAACUUCAUAAUUCAAAAGAGAGUUGAAACUAGCUUCAUAUCAAUUCAUUGCAGAGUUACCUUCCUCAAAAUCAAUGGCAGCAGGAUUACCGCAUUUUACUACUGGCUGGGCGAGAUCAUGGGGCAGAGACACUUUCAUAUCCUUCAAGGGAAUCUAUCUGGAAAAUGGAUUACUGGCUGAAGCAAGAGAGGCCUUAUUAACUUUUGGUUCUUGUUUAAGACAUGGCCUAAUCCCUAACUUAUUGGAUUCAGGCCAUAAUCCAAGAUACAAUUGCAGAGAUGCUUGCUGGUGGUACAUUAAAGCAGUCAAAGAUUAUGUGCAAUCUGCAGGAAAGACUGACAUCCUUAAUGAAGAAGUCCAAAUGAUAUUCCUUGAUGAUGAUAUGGAUAAACACUACUAAUUGAAAUCGUAAGGAGUUAUCAUUAAGAAAACUAUUGCAGAAAUUAUUCAAAAGAUCUUUUAGAGUCAUGCUUCUGGAAUUAAAUUUAGAGAAUGGAGAGCAGGAAAUCAAAUAGACAAUUGCAUGCAAUCAGAAGGAUUCAACAUUUAAUUGUGUUUGGAUGAAUAGACUGGUUUUAUUGUAGGUGGUAAUUGGUUAAAUUGCUUGACAUGGAUGGAUAAAAUGGGUUCAUCUGAUGUUAAUAGAGGAAUUCCUGCUACUAGUAGAGAUGGAGCACCUAUUGAAUUGACAGCUCUACUCAAGGUUUGCUUAGAUUUUGUCAGUCAUGCUCAAUAUCAUUAUCCAUAUGAUGGGGUUAUUUGUCCUAAUGGUAAGAAACUACUCUUCAAAGAAUGGUCUCAUUUCUUGCUUGUUAAUUUCGAAAAGUAUUACUACAUUCCAAAGUAAAAUGAUCCAAAUUACUAAGAAUAUCAUAUUGUUGAGAAACAUGUUAGACAUCGACAAAUCUAUAAGGAUCUUGUUAAAUCAUCCAAGCCCAGAAAUGAAUAUCAAUUAAGAUGCAAUGCUAGUAUUGCUAUAGGAUUAGCCCCUGAACUAUUUCACAAAGAAAAGGCUAUGUUCCAUUUGGCUACUGUUGAAGCCUGUCUAUUAAGAGAAUGCUCCUUAGGAGUCAAGACUCUUGAUCCUGCUGCUUCAGAAUAUGUUCAUUUUUAUGAUAACAACGAUUAAUCUCACAUCUUCAAUGUAUCUCAUGGUUUCUCUUAUCAUAAUGGACCAGAAUGGGUGUGGGUCUAUGGAUACUUCAUCAAGGCCUUGAUAGCUAUUCAUAGUAAGGAACACAUCAACAGACAGCUGUUCUAUUCCUAUUUGUCCAACCACAAAGUAACUCUGCAUCAAAAUGAAUGGUAUUCCUAUUAAAGUUAGAUCUAGGUAUUCCUUGCCUGAGAUGACCAAUGGAAAUGGAGAAUACAAUAUAUUUUCAUGUAGAGCUCAAGCUUGGUCAAUCGCUUGCAUUUUAGAGGCCAUCAGUGAAUAUGAAUGAAUGUAAAAAUUCCC